AUACCUCCUCUCCGGUCGCCUCCUCCAUCGCGAUUUCACGGCGCCGGCAGUUUCGCUUUCGGCCCCAAAGACAAACUUCGCAACGCCGGCUGACCGCGUGGACCGACGGCUGCCGCGGCUGUGUGUGUGUGUCGUCUGCUUCUCGCCUCUCGUGAUCUUGUCGUCUGCUACACGCCGGUGCCUACCGCUGUCACUGCCGCUACUGCUUCUGCUGCGGCUUUUGUUGCAGCCUUGUUUUUUUCUCGUGUCGUGAAGAAUUAAGUGGUCACUCUCCGCGGCGCCCGUUUCGCAACCCUUUAGAGGCCCCCACCGACCUUUCCUGUCUCGCCAGCACGCGUUGUGUCCCCGUCACUUGCCGGCACUGCCCGCGUUCUUUCUGAGCACUGUUUCAAAGGUGUCCUACACGGUCAACCUGCCGUGAGUGUUUGUUACGCUGUUGCAACUCGAGUGGGGACUUGCGACGUGCUGUUUUGGUGUCGUCGACGGCUCGUUGGCUGGCUUUUCUAGCUAGCUAGUCUGUCUUGUGAGAGCGGACUUUUGGAGUGAAGACUGUUCGUCUUUUGGUGUGAGCCGCCUGUCUACCUGCUUGCGGGUCUUCUGUCUUCGCUUCAGUGCAACGUUUUCUUCUCAGCAGUCUGACAGCGGGGCCGAAAUUUGGAUAUGACGCACAUCGAUUGCUGUUUCUGAUCGUUGUGGAAGAAGUCUACAUGGAGUCGUACGAGGUGGGCGGUGGUGCGGCCAACGGGCUGCCGGCGGCGGGCCUGGUGCCCGGCGUGGUGCCGUCCGGUCCUGUCCUGGACCACAGCGCCCAGAAGGACAGACGUCUGCUGGCGCAGCAAGGGUCACUGGGCAAGCGCCGCAAGCCGUCCAGGGGAAGUCUUCACGCGUUCCUAUCGGCCCUGCACCGCUGGGCGCCCGGCGACAGCGGCGAGGCUACGUCGGAAGCAGCGACCGCAGUAACCGCCGCCGACGAGGGGGUGCCUGCACCAUUGCCCUCUGCACGCGGCGCACCGUCCGGAAGGCCGUCGGCUCGCAGUAGCCCGCCUCCCUUGACCACAGAUAUAGAUAACGUCAACGAAGCAGAUACCAAACCGAAGCCUUAUCGAACGAACCAGCAACCAACCGAGAUCAACAACAACAAAAACAUCACCAACAAUAACAGCGUCCAAGGCGAGACCAACAAGUCCGGCGUCCGGUUCAUCGCGGACUCGGAGCGCCCGGCGUCCGCCGGGGCUCACUUGGAGGCGUCCAAGAAGUCCGAGGUGGUCCGCCCAGGCGUCGGCGGGACCAUCUUGGGACACCGGCGGCAGUCCAGUCUCGACUCGGGCUGUAGUCUUGACAUGUCCUCGUCCUCGUCGUCUUCAGGCAAGGGUUCACCAGACCCCGUAGCGCCGACGCUCACGCCGCCGCCAGAGUUCGCCGACACGCCCAUUAUGGAGAGGAGGCGUCGAUCAAGACGGAGGCACACCUCCGGUGCCUCGGCCACGGGCGCUGCUCCCGGAACCACAACAGGGUCGCCGGGCGUCGGAACGUACAGCGCCGCACCCAAGGUACCGGACUCCAUUCCGCGCAUACCGCGCUCCAAGGAGACCAGCGCGAGCACCGUACCGCAACCGUCCUCACCGGAGAUCCACAUCAAUUUCCGGAUCCUGCCCAGGGCGAAGGCUCGCGGCGCCACCAACGCCUCGGGCCCGUCGUCAGUGUUUCGGUCCGAAAGCUGCCGUCCUUUUAGCCAAGGUGCUGACGGCGGCGCCUCCCCGCCGGCUUUCAAGUGCAUGUCCUGGGACCGGCACCUGCUGUCCUCGCCGUCGGACCGCUACCUAGACGACUCCGAGAGGCGCUGCCGGUCGCUCUCUCGUCCCGGUCGACUUCCGUUCUCCAUUAACGGGGAGACCAGCAAGAAGGAUCCUGAGUGGCUCGAGAUAGCGCGACGCCGCCAGGCCACGGGAGUCGACUGGGAUAACCUCGAGACUCACAUGAAGCAGCCGCAGAGCAUCUCGUGCAGCAACUUGUCCGAGAGCCACAUGCGAGGCAAGGUGUCCACCCUGGCAUCUGCGGACCGGGCCGGUCUGCGCCUGGUACGAUCGGCCAGUGCCCUCUACCCACGCAUCAAGAUGUCGCGCUACGAGCGGCGCAUGCGAAAGGAAAAUCCGAAUCCAUCUCCCGAGCGACGUCGCUCCUCGGACGAGUUCGUGCUGGUGUCUUCGUCGUCCUCGUCGUCGGACGCCGCGUCGGCGGGCGCCAGUUCCACCGAGGACGAGAAGCCGAGCUUCCUCAACGUCCAGCUUCGUCACGUGGAGAAGGCCCCGCCGCUCAACGUGGUUUUCCAGACGCGCGGAGGCGGCGGGGUCGGCGGCGUUGCCGCGGAGCCUGCGCCCGCCCCCCGCUCCGCAUCGCCCACGCUCACGUGGAAGAGCCACCGCGAGGACAACGUGGCCGCCACCACGCCGUCGCCCACAAGGCUGGACAGACACACCGCCGCGUCGGCCAGGUCUGAAAGAGCGGCCACCGCGGGCGCCGGCCGGACCAGAACCGUGUCGGAAUCGCUGGGUGUAGCCGAGUACCUGACGCCGAAGCGCGUCGAGCUCAUCGAAGCUCCGGCGCCGGCCGCCAAGAAGGACGCCGGGGGCCAUGCACGUGGGAGCCCUACCCGGACCGCUCUGUCCGAUCACAUUCCGCGAGGUGGCGUCAGGGGCGGUCCCCCGCUGCGACGGAGUUCGAGCGUCCAGAUGCGCAGCCGCGAUGCCAUGUCGGCGGGCCGGGCCUCACCCUGGGACACGACGGAUUCGGCCGUCACGCCGUCGUGGAUCCUCGAGGCGGAGCGAAAGAAGAAGAGCGGCAUAGACUGGGCUCGCCUAGACAAGUCUCUGUCCCAGUCCGGUGGCAAGCGGGCGACAAACCUGUCCAGCGAAUGUCUUCACCAGCCGACUUCGGCCACCGAAGUAGUGCCUGACUGGCUGAAGGAGAUUCGAAGGAAGAAACAGGAGGACGCCUCCAUCAGGCUCUCGAGAAGUUCAGGCUCUAGUCCGAGAGAACCCGACUUCAUCUCUCUUAGCCCGGACCAGUUCGCCGUCGACAGCCUCGAGGCAGACGCUCAGCAAGGUCCGCUUAACCACCACCACCACCACGACGACAACGACGGGGAUUACGACGACUGCGAGCCCUUCGCCCCACAAGAUUGCGUGCGCGGUGCCCUGGGCGGCAAUUCGUCUCCCGAAGAUGACCUUCCGUGUGCGGUGUUGCUGGAAAGCCUCAGCGGCGGCGGCGGCGGUGGGCCGCGGGCGCCGAGCAGCCGCCGGGACGACUCGGUCGGCUGGCCCGAGAACCUCAGCGCGUUGCUGGACGAAAUCUUCAGCGAGGCCGAGGAGUCGUGCACCACUCCGUUCCCGGCACUGCUGCCCUCUUGUGAACCGGCGGUCGCAGUGGAGGCGCAGCAGCAGCAGCAGCAGGAGGACGAGAGAGGCGACGCCGAGAUCUACGUCAACGUACCCCUCAGGGUUGCCCGGCCAGUCGAAGACCAAGACGCGGAAGAAGUUGCUCGCGAUGAAGGCGCGUCGAAGUCGCCCGUCGAAGUCGCCGAGUGCUCCAAGACCACAGACUUGCAGACAGUUGCAGACGACGUGAGCCAAGCCGUCGCCACCACUGCCGCGACCGCUGCCACCGCUACGAGUAGCUCGGUUGCCGCCGCUGUCGCGGCCGUUCACGCCGUCAGCAUGCACUCGCCCAAGCAGGCGCUCAUGGAGGAGCUCAAGCAUGUGCUUCAGAAGCGCUACACCAUGGAGGUCCUCAGAGAGGAUAUUCUGAACGAAGCUAACGUUAUCGACAGUGCCACGCCGCGUCCUCAGACCAGGAGCCCAACAAAAGCCUCCAGGAAAACGCCACCGACCGCUGCUCAGAGAUCAACCGAACAGCAACCGUCCAGCACGGCGAUCAGCGGCGCUUCUUCCAUUCCGCCGCCGCCUCCUAUGCCUCCGAGCGACUUCUGGUCGAAGCCCAAAGAAGUGUGGUUCCAGCAGGAGCUGCAGAAGCCUGGAGACGGCCGCCUAGUCGCUCCCGUCUGCCAGCGGGACAGCGAGACGCAGACACACACUGUGGAUUACGGUGUCCAGGUGGCGUCACCCGUACAAGCGUUCAGCCCUGGCUCCAUGCUGCACGCGAUGGCUCCCUUCGCGACCUACACGCGGCCUUUCGUUGCUCCCGGAGGCAACCAGGUGCUUCUCCUCGACGACCGCGGGGUCCAGCUUCAGUCCGGACCGCUGUACGCGAUGCCCAUAUACGCAGGAACGACGCCUACCUCGACUUCCGAUCGCUCAGUACCACUGCCGCCAACGCCGGCGGCGGCUGCGGCGACCGGAGUGUUCCCAGCGACUCCAACCAUAUUCGUGGCCCGGGACGACGACCGCGUCAUCAAGAGGGUUGCCAUGGAGUCCAAGUCGACCUCCACCGACGCCUACUUCGCACCCACCCCGAGCCCAGCAUCCGCGGCUUCUGGAACGACGGGUGGUGGCGACACCAAGAGCCUUCUCGACGAGGUCGAGAAAAAGCUGGAGGAGGACAGGAAGCCUCCGGACGAAAUCCAUCCUCGAGCGAUGACGCCUGCCUCAGGGGGUGUGUCCAAGAUCACUACGGUCGAGACGAUGACCAUCAUGGAGACGUUGCAGUCUACGACGGUGUCAAGGCGCUCCAUCGAUGAGACGUCUCUGAAGUCGGUGUGCGCUCGUUCCGAGAAAGAGGAUGUCCUGUCAGGCCUGUCCGAGUCUCCGAUACCUUUCGCCGACGACGACGACGCGAUGGAGGAGCUCGGAUUCUCGUCUCGGGUCGAGUCGAGGUCCGCUUCCCGAGCCGAAGAAAAGGCUGAAGCGGUGAGCGACGAAAAGGUCACCAUGUACUCGUCGAGUAGGAAGCCUUCGGUGCCUCAGACAGAACCAAAGGAACCGUCCCAGUUGCGCGACGUCAGAUCGCCGCCAUUUUCGAAGCAGGUUAACGGUGAACAAACAACACCAAAGGCGGCUUCCCCGCCUCAAGUUUCAUCGCCGCCUCGAGUUUCAUCUCCGCCACGAGCUUUCACCCCACCUCGGGCUGCGACUCCUCCACAUUCGUCGACGAAGCGUCCCAUGCUGAACGGCCAUCGCAGUCCACCUCGCAGUCCACCUCUCGAGACGUCCUUCGAUGUCGUAGACAGAGGUUUCCACACCGAGCCCCUUAAGAAGAGGACCCCGAACGGAGUUACCGUCUUGUCCGGCUCCAAGGGGGAGUCCGUCACUUCAAAGUUCCAGAGGCCGUCCUGCAUCAGUCCUGCUAGCUCUACAGUCACAACAGGUCCCGACGGAACGCUCAGGGGAGCCCACGCAAGAGCCGCGGCACAAACCUUGGCCGCUGCCACGAAAGAAUACUGCAACGGCGACGUCCGCAGACCCCUGGGGCCGUUCAAGGCGACCAAGUCCAUGAGCGACUCCAACCUGGGUGCCAGGACGAGACCCACGAAGAAGCCCACGGCGUCGCAGGCCACGCAGACUCCCAACGGGGUGAUUCCGACUUUCGAGAGGCGCGGCGAGAGUGGCUUCGGAGGCCGAGCCAUGGGCGUGCAGACGGAGGACCGGAUCGAGUCGUUCCUCAGGGACACGCUUCGCAGCUCGACCAAGGAGGUGGAGUUCGUCACCAAGGUCGACAGCAGCCAGCCGUCCAAGACGUUGAGGAAGAAGGUCACCACCAAGAUCCUUCGCGGCACAAGCGGCAAGGCCGGAGGUGUGCGAGAGAUCAUCGAGGAGAUCUACGAUCAGUCGUCAUCGGUGGUGGUUCGUCCCAGCACGGCCAUCAAGAACGUGACGCGUAGCGUGCAGCAGACCAGCGAUGGGCAGAAGUACCUGACCACGGUCAUCACGGAGGCACCGCCCACAGGACGCUCGAGGAGGAACCGUAGGAGGGGAUUCGGCGAUCCUGAUACGCAUAUCAUCAUGGUAUGACCUCUCCCAGGAGACAGCGUCACACAAGACUACAGUCAGCUCUCCCACGUGUCAUGACUAAGUCAUAUAUGUAGACCUCUGAGGUGGCCAUCGGUAUGGGCUCACCGCAGCUGCACGACCACGUGACCUCCAAGCGGACUCUUGUUUCUGUUCCCCCUGCUUUCCGAAAAACUUUGUGACGUGAGCUGCAUUGUCAUUUUUCUGUCCUGUUUUCAACGUAUGCGCCUUGGCCUCGUUUGGAAGGUGCGUCUGAAGACUGAGUGCUGACUAGAUACCACAUAACGUCGAGUGAGUCGUGCGUUGCUUAGCACUGGAGCGAAAUAGUGUAUUUCUAGCCAGCGACGCCGUGUGUGUAAAGCAACAGCCACUGCCAUGGGUGUAAUGACCCUGACCAAGGCUUUGCUCGGUCUUGAUUUCGUAGUCCCUCACAUUCCAGCUGACAGGCGGUAUACUGUAAAGUGUUCGGUCGACGACGUCCCCAGAUCUUGAGCAAUGUUCUCGAGGCAGCCGUACUCAAGACACUCGUUUAGCGAGUGUGCUUGAACGCCCACCUUUCUUUUUAUACGUGUCUCAGUCCUACAAAUCAGGAUGGAAGAACCCUGUGGCAUGCGCACAUGCUGUAGCCACGUGAAUGAGUUUGAACUGCGCGCCAUAUUUGAAUGUGUGCAGCUUCUACCGAAGUUCAGCAGGCGGCGCUGCCAGUCAACGAAGAGAAUGCGGUCGGAUGCAUCUGCCUCUUGUGGGCAUGGGGUUAGGCAUGGUUGAAAGGGUAGCUGGGGAUUGGGUUCCCCUCCCCCAUCUAUUAUAAAUAAACAUGUAAGUUCAAGUGGUCUGACAAGACACUCUAGUGCCCCACUCCCUUUGGUAAACAAUAGCAACUUGUUAGAUGCAGAAAACGGACAGCUACAGGCCGUUAGCUAUCUGUCCAGUUCAACUGGCCGCUUAAUCUUACCGGAGCGUCUUUUUUCUUUUCGAGAAUCGUCGAUCCAAUUGGCCUACUCGAAAUUUCAUGCGCUGAACCCGAUUUAGCUAGUUUUUAUUAGUUUUUCUUUUCCUUUUUUUGCUUUUCUGUCGUUGAACAAACUGUUUGGUUCUGUAGUUUUGAUUUGUGUUCUUUGUCCGUCGUGUGGGCAUAGCGUAUCACUGCCGACGUCACGUCUAGAACCUUUUUUUCUCGAGAGCUGCACUAUCAUGAUGCUUUUGUUUUUUCUUACGCUUCCCAGACCAAGCUAUGAAAUUAACUGGUUGUGGUUCGAUGUCUGCUGCAUUCGUCCACAUUAGAUGUGGACCCGGUGUCAUUACCUCUAUUCCUCUAGCGCUUUAGUGAGCUCGUAUAUGUCGCGUGUGAGUUAUCUUCUCUGUGUACAUAGGUGUAAAUUAUGAUUAUAGGAAGUAAUAUAUGCCCGUUUUUUUUUAAAAACUCCUUUUCUUGCUUUUAGGUAUGAAAUUCGUUCACUACCUUUUCUUCCUUUUAUUUCUAUCAGUCUUUUUUAGUGCAUUCCUUCUCCCCAUUAUGCUCCGGAAAGCUGUUUAACCAGAGCCCUUUGUCUGCAAUACAUUUUUCUAGCGCUGUUUAAUAAUUACCCGCUUUUUGAGGCGCCUUCAGCAGAGAUUAAAGGGGCUAACGGAAUGUUGGGUCGUCGGCGCCUUUCAUUACCGGCUCGUUCAAGCGUACAGAGGAGUCUGCUGCGCUGUGCUUGUUGCUCAGAUGAAAGUACGAAGAAUAAAUGCGUUGUUCUAUGUGAGUACCA